AUGACCAGAAAGAGGACCAAAGUAGACGAGCAAUGCAAGGAGAAAACAGCUACUUCAAUGGAUGAGCCCGUUAAGUUCUGUUCUGAUUGCCAGACCCCCAACACCCCUCUUUGGAGAAGUGGACCAGACGGCCCCAAGUCUCUUUGCAAUGCCUGUGGAAUCCGAUACAGCAAGAGGAGAAGAGUGGAAUUCAAGAGAGCAGAGGAGAACAAGCCAACGGCCAUGAGUUGCAAGAAUGAGGGAAAGGUCGCCGUAGAAGUGGAGGAGUUAAAGCGAAGGCAAAGAGAGAAGCAGGAGAAGAUGCUGAAGGUUCUGCUUUUCCGCCGGAGAAAUUUGAAUGUGCGGUGGCGGAAAUGGCCACCGGCGGACUUUGGUGGAAGUGGGGACGGCGAGGAAGUGGCGGAGGCGGCGCGACUCCUGCUCUCUUUGUCGUCAGAAAUGUCUAUCCAUUCAUAA